AUGGUUUGUGCGCCGCAUCUGGCCGUGGUGGCACCGGUGGCGCCCUUCCAUGCGGGCUACGCCUUGGGGGCGGAGGUCAUCUACACCGCUGUGUUGGUCUUCGUGGUUCUGAACUGCACUCGCACCGGCAAAUCCAAAGAGCCUCACCCGUUCUUUGGCCUGGCCAUUGGCUUCGCGGCCAUGGGUGGCGGCUAUGCCGUGGGACACAUCUCGGGCGCGGCGCUGAACCCCGCCGUCAGCGUGGCCUUGGGCAUGGGCGGCGGCAAGGAUCAUCACUGGGCCUUCGCCUGGUUCGGCGCGGAGCUCGCCGGCAGCGGCGCGGCCACCGGGCUCUUCUGGCUGCUGCGACGCUCGGAGUUGUCCACCGACGGAACGGAAUCGAGCUCCGCACCGGUGGAGGGGGACACAGGCGCGGCGGAGGUGCCUCCCGACGGGGCCGGCCCAGCGGUGGGGUGGAAGCACAAGUGCGCGGCGGAAGCACUGGGUACCUUUGUGUUGAUGACCACCUUCGGGCUGAACAUCAUCAGUGGCUCCCGAGCCACAGCCUACUCGGCCAGUGCGGUGCUCAUGUGCAUGAUCUACUCGCUGGGCGACCUGUCAGGGGGCCACUUCAAUCCCGCGGUCACGCUGGCCGUGCUGGGCGGUGGCGGCAAGGUGACGCGCGGCGAGGCGGCGAAGUACAUGCUGGCACAGGUGGUGGCUGCACUCCUGGCCGCCUUGGUCUAUGCCGCCUUCCACAUGGGCUCCGCGGUGGGCGAUAAGUCCAUCAAACUGUUGCCGGGAAAGGGCUACGACAUCUUCCAGGCCGGCCUGGCGGAGUUGCUGGGCACCUUCGUGCUGGGCUACACAGUGCUGGCCGUCACGAUGGAGGGCUACUGCAAGGAGGUGGGUGGAUUGGUGAUCUCCUUGGCGGUGCUGGCCGGUGGCUUCGCGGUCGGAUCCGUCUCGGGAGGCGAGCUGAACCCUGCACUGGUGCUGGGGCUGGUGCUCGGCAACGUGGUGAAUCCCGGCAAGGGCGGGGUGGGCGCGCCGGCGGCCUGGCUCGUGCUUCUGGUCUGCGAGUUCCUGGGCGCCUACGUGUCCUCGGUGAUCUUCCGCAUCACCCACCGAUUGGAGCUCAUGCCCGAUGACGACGAGGACGACGUGAAGGGCUUGAGCAAGGCAGACGUGGAAGCGCCCGUGCCCGCCAGCAAGGCUGCAGCGCGCCCGGCCUCGUGA